AUGAGAAUAAUUCAUAAUUGUUUACUAUUUUUUGUUUUAAUAGGAAAUUUAAAACAUAUCGUUUUAGGUUGUAAAGUUUACAAUUUUGAGUUUAUUUUGAUUGUAAAACAGUCUGUCAAGAUAAAAUAUUAA